UGACCGUUGAGCGCUGUGUUGACCCAUCCAUCCAGCCCAACCUCCUUCCUGUGAGUUCUGUUGCUCUGCAACGAUUUCACGUCUUCUGCUCCACUUCCUGUGAAAUACAACGAGCCAUGGCUCGCACAAGAGUUUGUUUUAAGUCUGUGCUCACUGCUUUUAAACACAUCGCUUCUUCUCUUUUAAACUUCAGGGAGACUCGUCAUUUGUAGUGAUGACAAACUACAUCAUGACUGAGGGUCAGUCGAUGGGAACCUGUCCAGAGCUCCCAGGCAAACACAACUGCAAUACAGACGCCGACUGUGAAGGAGGGAGUUUCAAACGUACGGGAAACGGAGAAAUGACCGGAGUCUGCGUGAACAGGACCAAGACCUGCGAAGUGCUGGCCUGGUGUCCGGUGGAGGACGACCGCGACGUGCCAGAUCCUCCGCUGCUGUUGUCUGCAGAGAACUACACGCUGUUCAUCAAGAACUCCGUCACGUUCCCCGCGUUCCGCGUCUCGAGGAGCAACCUGGUGGAGGACGUCGACUCCAACUACAUCAGCAGCUGCCUUUAUCACCCGCUCGACGCUCCCCUGUGCCCCAUAUUCAAACUGGGAGACAUUAUUCAACUUUCUGGCUUAAACUUUCAAACAGUAGCUAAAGUGGGAGGAGCCAUCGGGAUUGUGGUCGACUGGACGUGUAACUUUGACGUGCAUGUAAAACACUGUAAACCAGAGUACACCUUUCAUUACAUGGAGGACAAAAUUCAGAAAAGAACACUUCUGAAAGUGUUUGGCAUCAGGUUUGACAUCAUCGUCCAGUCACUCGCGCGGAAAUUUGAUAUCAUCCCGACCUUCACAGCCAUCGGCUCUGGAGUGGGAAUCUUUGGAGUGGCGACUGUGGUGUGUGACUUGGUGCUGCUCUAUUUGCUACCGAAAAGAGAAUUUUACAAGAACAUGAAGUUCAAAUACACGGACACACAAGUACAGCAGGACAGCGAGUCGGUUGGUGUAGACACGAACGUCUAUUACACCCUUGAAGCAAAUGCAAAACAGGCUCAAGGCAAAGACCGGUCCACAGAUGCUGAUUCAGAGGCAGGCAGCACAGAGACGGAUGUGUCUAAAAAGUGACCCGGGAGCAAACGAGCCAAAAGGCCACGCCUCUUUUGGAGGUGUGACGCACUGGAACCCUGGAUCCUGGAAUAACAGAAAGCAGCACAGUGAAAUGGAAUCACGUUAUUCCCAUCAGUGAAAUGGAAUCACGUUAUUCCCAUCAGUGAAAU